AUGUUGGGGGGUGGGGGGGGGGGGGGGGGAAUUGUCCGUUCGGAAGGUCGGGAAGACGAGAAGCUUCCCAAGGUGAAUAAUGGGCAGCUUCUAGUGCAUUACGCGGAAAAUGACGUCUCAGUGGAUUACCCAAGUCGACGGCGGUCGGGUACUGGGCAGCGGUGCUCUAGAAACUGGAAAGUACUACGACAAAGGGAGGAAUCGGUAGUCAUUGUGCACUGUCAUACCACGGUUGCCCAACUGUUUCCAAGUGGUCUCCACUGA